AUGGCAGGCAAUUUUGAUUCCUGGGAAGAUGCGGCGGCACAAGAGGAAGAUCUUUCAAAGAGAACACAGAAUAUGAACAUGAAUGCCAACACUUUCAGGCCUGGAGCCGCGUCUUUUCAGCCUGGUGCUGCCACAUUCCAACCAGGGCAGCCAUACCAACAGAAUGGCUAUCAAAACUACGGGUAUGGGCAGCAGCAAGGCUACAACCAAUACCCGCAGUAUGGCCAGCAAUACAAUCAAUACCCUCAAUAUCAGCAGCAACAAGGCUACAAUCAGGGCUAUAACAGCGGCCAAUUUGCCGCAUACAAUCAGACACCUGGCGGCUUUCAGCCCCGACAAGGCGCUCCCAUAAGCAUUGCGAAGAGAUCGGACACCCAGCCUGCACCUGCCCCAACUCCUCAACAGGCACCCGCUCCAGCAGCUAAAGCUGAAGCGAUCCCUGACGCCCCUGCACCCAAACCACAACCAGCUGCUGCGGCACCUCCCAAAGCGAAGGUCCUUUCGAUCGGUGUCCCAACGUCAGCGUCUGCAACCCCCAAGAAACCAGCCUCUCCCACCACCAAGGACGAACCGACCCCUCCCAAAGCUGAAGCCGGAGCCAAAGUCGCUGCGGCCAAAGCCGUCGAGAAGACCGGUGAAAAGGUGAGCGGAAAGGCAUCUCCUACACCAUCAUCAGGGAAGUCUUCCCCUACACCAGCAGACGCCAAAAAGCAACGAAAUGCUGAUGAAGUGGCGCAAUCACAAACGGCCGAUGUGGAUGCAUCGGUGCUGGAAGAAAUGUACGGGAAGGAGCAUGUCAACAUCAUUUUCAUUGGCCACGUCGACGCCGGCAAAUCCACUCUUGGUGGCCAGGUGCUCAUCCAAACAGGCAUGGUUGAUGAGCGUACGCUGGAGAAGUAUAAGCGAGACGCCAAAGAUGCGGGGCGAGAAACCUGGUACAUUUCUUGGGUAUUGGAUUUGAACAAAGAAGAAAGGGCCAAAGGAAAGACGGUUGAAGUUGGCCGAGGCUUCUUUGAAACCGAGAAACGGAGAUACACUAUCCUCGACGCGCCAGGUCACAAAACAUACGUCCCGAAUAUGUUGAGUGGUGCGGCCCAGGCAGACGUGGCAAUCCUGGUUAUAUCUGCUCGAAAGGGCGAAUUCGAAACCGGGUUCGAAAAGGGUGGGCAAACCCAAGAGCACGCCAUGCUGAUCAAGACCACUGGCGCCAAAGAGCUGGUUGUCGUCGUGAACAAAAUGGACGAUCCGACAGUGGAAUGGUCCAAAGAACGGUACGACGAGAUUGUCGGCAAACUUAAGCCAUACCUGAAAAAGCGAAUCGGCUUGGAUUCCACCUUUAUGCCCAUCUCCGCGCAAACAGGCGUCAACGUCAGAGACCGCAUUGACCCCAGCGUCGCUGAUUGGUACAAAGGCCCCUCCCUCUUGGAAUUCUUGGAUGGCAUGGCAAAAAUCCAGCGCAACAUCAAUGCACCCUUCAUGAUGCCCAUCGGCGCCAAAUACAGAGACAUGGGCACCAUGAUCGAAGGUCGGGUCGAAGCCGGCGUGGUUCAAAAGUCUUCGACCUUGAUCAUGAUGCCGAACCGUGAGGAAGUUGGUAUUGCAGCCCUCUAUGGCGAAACGGAAGAUGAAGUCCCUUACGCGACCUGCGGUGACCAAGUGCGCAUGCGCUUGCGAGGCAUUGAGGAAGAAGACAUCCAGCCGGGUUUCGUGCUUUGCUCACCUAAACGUCUCGUCCACUGCGUAAGCGAGUUUGAGGCACAGAUCAACAUCGUGGAACUGAAGUCCAUCCUUUCUGCGGGCUUCAACUGCGUCAUCCACGUCCAUGCCGCAACGGAAGAAGUCACGUUUGCAGCUUUGCUUCACAAGCUUGAGCCAAAGACAGGACGCAAGAGCAAGAAACCGCCCCCAUUUGCCGCAAAGGGACAGAAUAUCAUUGCGAGAUUGCAGGUGACAAGUGGCGGCGGCAAGAUCUGCGUCGAGAGAUUCGAGGAUUAUCCGCAGUUGGGACGGUUCACGCUGAGAGACCAAGGGCAGACAAUUGCCGUGGGCAAGAUCACCAAGCUGAUUUUGGAUGACGACUAA